UACUAGGUCCUUGACAAUAAUGGUCUCCCUUGUUUGAUCACCUUCAAGGUGAUGUCCCUUGCAGCAACAUCAACAAAAAUCCUUAAACAAAUCAUCGGCUGUACAUAGUGUGACUCGCGUUUAGUGGCAUUUGCAUGUGAGUACUUCAAUAACGAUGCAAAGAUAUUGUAAAUCGACAUUAAAUCCAACUUGGUGUACGUUACGUUACAUUGUACAGUUGUCGAGGUCUUCAUCCCGCAAAAACGCUGCUUGGCUUGACCAGUCGACGAACAGUCAGCCAUGCCGAUGCUUGAAUACAGACCCAAAACAUGAAGAGGCAGACGCCAGACGGAAACGACAGGACACCAUCAUGAACGUAUUUGACAGGAAAGCAAAACGCAUCCAGCGUGACCGUGCUGCUGUGGCUGAAAACCAUCAAGUAUUUGACUACAUAAAAGACGAGUUUGGAUACAGACUUGCAGACCGAAUAUGUGACAUAAAACGAAAAUUUGAUGUUGCAGUAGAACUGGGAUGUGGCAAGGGAUUUGCUUCAAAGCAUGUAUACAGUGAUAUGGUAACAAGGCUUUACCAGUGUGAACUGUCCCAGAAACUUCUGGAACUGUCUCACUCAUCCCCAGAAGUAGCGACCUACAAAGUCAUUGCAGAUGAAGAGUUUUUUCCCUUUAAAACAAACUCCCUGGACCUGGUAUUUAGUAAUCUCAGCUUCCACUGGGUCAAUGACUUGCCUGGAUGUUUUCAUCAGAUUUACGAUGCUUUAAAGAAUGAUGCUGUGUUUCUGGGAAGCAUGUUUGGAGGUGACACACUGUAUCAGCUACGUGUGGCAUUGCAGCUGGCUGAGCUAGAGAGGGAAGGGGGUUUUGCACCACAUGUGUCACCAUUUACGGAUGUGCGUGAUCUUGGAAAUCUGCUUGCUCAAGCAGGGUUUACCAUGCUGACCAUAGAUAUUGAUGAAAUGACUGUCAACUAUCCAACAAUGUAUGAAGUUAUGUUUGACUUGAAAGGAAUGGGAGAAAACAACUGUGCCUGGUCAAGAAAGACUCAGCUGCACAGAGACACUAUGAUUGCUGCUGCUGCCAUCUAUCAAGAUAUGUAUGGCAAUGAGAAAGGUGUACCUGCAACUUUUCAAGUGAUCAACUUCAUAGGUUGGAAGCCUGAUCCAACACAGCCACAAGCUGCAAAACGUGGGUCUGGUGAGAUAUCCCUGAAGGAUCUGGACAAAAUUAAUCAGUUGGCUUCACAGAGUGAAGAUCACCAGACCAACCAAGAUUUCACUUCCCCCAAAAAAGAAUGAAGACAUGAAACACACUCUCAAAGGACCUGUUAACUGGAAAAUGUCUGCCUGAAGAAAGGCAAAGAAGAGAGCCUCACCUGAAAAGACAUUGUGGCUUGUGGUGUGAGGUGGUGUCUGGGGUGUGCUGGGGGUAGGAGGAGUAGUGCAGAUAGGGGAGGAAGAUUCCUCUUCUUCAAAAGUCUUUGGUACACUAACAUUGGGGGGUACGGUGUGACUUUUGCUAGUAGGCCCAUGCCGAUGGCUGGAUGGUUUGAUGCCAGGUGACUUCAAGGAAAAGUCAUAUUUCUUUGGCUGAGAAGAAUAAAAAAAGCUCCUUGUUAUUUACAAA